AGCUAACGAGGCUCUGAAGCCAAACAAAAACGCGCUUCUUCUGCAGCCUGACAGCUGUCAAACACCACGGCACGCACAUGUGGGGAUUCACAUUAAGAGGAUUUACGUGCUAAUCGUCGCUGUUCUCGCGAGACUCAUUAAGUCUCUCACCCAAAUAACGGGAGGCCACCGGGUAGGUUACCGAUUGGCAUCUUAAUAAGUUGCUACAGUGUUCCCUACGCCGCGUAAAGUAGCCAGGCCUGCUCCGUCUCUAUUUCAGUCGCAGCUCCGAUAGAAAAUGGUUACUUUGUGAGAAAGUUGAGCAGCAGCUCCUCUCUUCAUUCGCAGAUCAGAUCGGCGGGACGUCCCUUCCCCUCAGCAACGUCGUCUCUAUCCGCUGAGACGCAUGAGUGGAGGCUCACUCAGUAGGCGUUUUCCUCGCCGGGAAAAAAGAGUUUUGUUUGUUCUCCGCGCACUCGGCGAACUGCUCUGAACUUCCAAGGACGACGAUGGCCUUUCGCUCGAGCCUGUCCGACAGAGAGGACCCGUCCAACUCUUUAAUCAUGACCGACAGCUUGGAGACGGCUGAGACUUACGCGUGCCCGACGAUUGAGCUGAGCAAAGCCGUGUCGGUGUCUCUGGGUUUGGACUCCGUGUCGUCUCCGCUCAGCGGCAUGAACCACCCCGGCGGCGGCUGCAGCGCCUUCCCGGACUGCGACCCGACGGGCGACGGAAGUGGAUCCCGAGGAGUGCUGGAGUUGGGAACGCCUGGGAAUCUGAGCUCGGAGGGAACCCGGCUCACCCAGGCUGUUGCCAGCCACCGGGAGGACGACUACGGAGAGGUGUGCCAGGGCGUGCGGCAGGUGAGCUGCAUGGAUCUGUUCAGGUCGGGAGAAAUGGACGGUGCGCAAUCCGUGACGCGCGGCUCGGUCAUCUCCAGAUUCGUCUGCAAGGACUCGAGCGUGUUUGGGAGCCCGAUAAGAGAGGUCCCCGCGACCUCCCAGGUGACUGAAGUCGUACCUGUGAAGCCAUAUCCCGCUUUUCCUGCCGACUCCAGUCCGUACGGGGAAGGUGUUUGGUGCGCAAAUGAGCGCGCGUACGGCGAGCGACCCGACCCGCGCAGAAGCGGAUCCGAUGGACUCAACAACGCUUUGUGUAAAUACUGUAAUUGUGCGCAGACGUCUUUUGGAUCCAGGCGGGAAUGCAACUGUCUUUGGUACAGAAGGGGUGAGCACGGGGCUGGAAAAGGGAGCAUGCACGCGGCGGCACAGGCGUACGGCCAAGUGGAAAGUUACCCAGACGCAAUUCCUCAAGGGCAAACCGCGUUUUCCACCAUCAAGACCGAGCCUUCCGUCUGGAUGGACUGUACGGAUCGCACUUUCAGGCAUGGAGAUUUCUUUCCAGGUGUGUAUCUGUCAGAAAGAAGAGUGUGUCAAGUGUGUGGUGAUGACGCCUCGGGUUGCCACUACGGUGCGGUCACCUGCGGCAGCUGCAAAGUGUUCUUCAAGAGGGCCGCUGCAGGUAAGCAGAACCACCUGUGUGCCAGCCGGAACGACUGCACCAUCGACAAGCUGAGGCGGAAAAACUGUGCCUCCUGUCGCUUGAAGAGGUGCUUCAUGUCGGGGAUGAGUUUGAAAGGCCGCAGGCUGAAGGGAGCCGGACAGACGAGGAGCGGAGAGGAGGAGCAGCAGCAGCAGCCGGCCACCUGGGGGCAUGGAGACAGAGACGAGAGGCCAGGCAAGAAACAUGUUGUUGUGGAGCCUGGAAACGCUGCUGCCAGGGCUCAAGCUGGACCUCAGUUCCUGCCCAUGAGGAUCCCCCCGAGUCUGCGCUCCUGCUUAUCCCUGCUCAGCAUCCUUCAGUCCAUUGAGCCGGCCGUGGUCAACGCGGGUCAUGACCCCGCCCAGCCGGACAGCUCUGCGUCCUUGCUCACCAGCCUGAACGAGCUCGGCGAGCGACAGCUGGUGACGGUGGUGCGCUGGGCCAAGGCGAUACCAGGUUUCCGGGACCUGCACGUGGACGAUCAGAUGUCAGUGAUUCAGUUGUCUUGGAUGGGGGUGAUGGUGUUCGCUCUGGGCUGGAGGACCUACACUCUCACAAACUGCUCCAUGCUCUACUUCGCUCCAGACCUGGUCUUCAACGACCAGCGGAUGCAAGUGUCCAGUAUGUACGAACACUGUGUGAGGAUGAAGCUGCUUGCUCAAAGGUUCUGUAAGCUGGAGGUUACUGAGGAGGAGUUUCUCUGCAUGAAGGCCCUGGUCCUCUUCAGCAUCAUGCCAGUGGAAGGCCUGAAGAGCCAGCGUUGUUUUGAGGAACUGCGGACCUCCUACAUCAAGGAGCUGGACCGCUUGGCCAGCCACCACGGGGAGACCACCCGGACGCAGAGACUGUUUCAGCUCACACAACUGCUGGACUACCUCCAGUCGGUUGUGAGGAAGUUGCACCAGUUCACCUAUGACCUCUUCAUCCAAGCUCAGUCCCUGCAGAUGCGCGUCAACUUCCCUGAGAUGAUCUCGGAGAUUGUCAGCGUCCACGUGCCCAAGAUCCUCUCCGGCAUGGUCAAGCCAAUCCUUUUCCACGAUACGGCCUAGAGUCUAACUCGUUGGCCUUCACAAGUUCAGACUUUCAGCCAGAAUGGCUCAAGAAGGCUUUAUGAAGUGAAAAGCAUUGUCUGAGUCGGUGAUUAGACACGAUGAGAGGACAGGACGGUGCAUCCUUCCACUGUAUUGUAACAUAGUCGCAUCCACGCUGCUCUUAGUCACGCUGCCUGUAGCUCGCCGUAUCAAACACACCACCUUUCCUCUCCCUAAGUUUUCAGAGCUGAUUAAAAAAGACUUGCAUGCAUUCCUUCACUGGAGCCAAUCAGAGCCGGCAUGUAGACUUCUUCAGCUCCUCUUACUGAUUCCUGUCAGCUGAGUGAUAAAACCUUAGUGAGAAAAACGCGUCUGCAGAGUUCACAUCCCCAGAGCUGUUUCUGUGUGCUUUAGUCUGACAUUUGAACUUGCUUUUUUACACAAUGAAUGUUAUUGUGUGCACCUGAGAAAAAAAACUGGUUGAUUGACAUUUAAUAAGCAGUUGUGACUUGCAUGCUAAGAGGCAAACCUAUCUCGCCUGCAGGCAUAUAAAACAUUUUUCUCAUGUCUUUGAAAAGAGAGAAUUGUUGCCUAAUAGUUUUCUGUGUUGAUGUUUAGUGUGUUCUAAUUAGCACCUUUAAAGUGAAAGUGACUGCAGCAAAGCCUAUUUUUUAUGUAUAUUUAUACAUUUUUAAUGUCUGGGGAGAGAAAAUAAAAUGACACCAGCAACAAUGAAGGCAGUAAAGAGGAGGAAGCGCUCCGACGACCUGUUAAGCUAACGUGAUGAGUGACUUUCUAAAACAGCAACUUUUUUUCCGAGUGCCAAACAAGUACCGUUUUUUGAACGUGGAUAUUUCAUACAGUUGUGUAACUUUUUUCUACCGUUUCCUAAAGGUGUUCUUUGCAGAUGCUUUCCCGUGUGUCAUCAUGUAUUCAAUGUAGCUUCUGACGGUUUUGUGAAACAAUUAAAUGUCGAGCCAAGAAUCUU